UAAAAAUACGAAUUAUAUUGUUUGAGAAACAGCGGUUGCCUUGACAAUCUCUGGCGGGGGAUUGUUUGAGGAAAUGAAACCGCGUGAAGCAUGGCUGUUCAACACUGGGCAGACACUCUCAGGAAAGCCAAGAAAACUGCCUUAAUAUCUGAUGGGAAAAGGAAAGUUCAUUAUCUGUUUGAGGAUGGCAGUGAGAUUGCUGAGGAGUAUGACCUGAAAACAGAUGAACUUGUCUUGCGAAAGUGGCGACAUAAAACCACUUUUGGAGGCCAGGCACAGUGGACAUUGGAAGUUGGUGAAACAAACCCAAACGGUGUUACCUCAGAUUUAAUAAAAGAGAGCAGUUCAAAUCCAUUGUUCAUGCGUAAGGACACAAAGACCAGUUUCCAAUGGAGGAUCCGCAAUAUUUCUUACCCUAUAGAAGUUUACAGUGUGUCAGCAGAGCCGACGGAAAGAUGUUGUGUCAUCCGAACCUCAAACAAAAAGUACUAUAAGAAGUUCAGUAUUCCAGAUCUCGACCGUUGCCAGCUGCCUUUGGAGAGCGCAGCCUUGAGUUUUACCCACGCCAACAACACUUUAAUCAUCAGCUACAAGAAGCCCAAGGAGAUUUUAACAUUGGAACAGGAGCUGCUUGGGGAACUGAAGAAACUGAAGGGGACAAGUGAAGGAGAUAUUGACUGUAAAACUCAGUGAACUGCCAUAGAUCCGGAGCUUUUGCAUUAUUGUAUUUGUCUGGCUGUUAUUCUUCACAUUCAUGUAGACUUAGAGUCUCACGUUGGCAUGUUUCUAUGGCAUGUUUCUGUCAGCCUUGCGUCCAAGCAACUCACUUUCAAAGUGCGUUCUUAUUUUUUCUUUCAGUGUAAAAUUUCAGAUGUUGUGCUGAUUGCUGUUCCUACUGUACAAUUGUUCUUUGAUUCUAAAUAAUACAUUAAAAUAAAAAUAUUAUUAUUAUUAAAAUUA